AAUAAAUGUUGUUUGUUGGAUUUGCUGUGCUGUCUGUUCUUUUGUCGUUUUAGUUUUAUUAGUCUUGUGUAUUUAUUUCUCAAUCUAGAGAAACCAAAAUUAAACUGAAUAGUAAAAACCAUUAAUUGCUCAAAUAUAAAGCUAAGUAAAAAUGGGAAAACGACAGCACCAAAAAGAUAAAAUGUACAUUACGUACACCGAGUGGACCACUCUUUACGGUGGCAAAAGGUCAGGCACCUCUCGGGAAGAAGACACAACUUUCAAAAGACUUCCUUUCGACCACUGCUGCUUGUGUUUACAACCCUUUGAUGAUCCUUAUUGUGACGCUGAUGGCAAUAUAUUUGAGUUGCAGGCCAUAAUUGACUUCCUGAAAAAAUUUAAAGUAAAUCCUGUUACGGGGAAGAAAUUUGAUGUCAAACAUCUUAUCAAACUAAACUUCUUCAAGAAUGCUGAAGAUGACUACCACUGCCCCGUGUUGUUCAAACCUUUCACUAAAAACUCACACAUUGUUGCUAUUCGUACAAGUGGCAAUGUCUACUCGUACGAAGCAGUUGAACAGCUUAACAUCAAAGGGAAGAACUGGAAGGACCUGGUCAAUGACACUCCGUUCACAAGAAGCGACAUCAUCACAAUACAAGAUCCGAAUCAUUUGAACAAAUUUAACAUUUCCACCUUUCAUCAUGUGAAGAAUAAUUUGAGAGUUGAAACUGAAGAGGAAAUAGCUUUAAGAAAAGACCCUCAUGCAAGGCUGAAGACCGUGUCCGCAGAGACCAAAGACAUUCUGCAGGAGUUGGAGAAAGAAUACAAGGCCCCGGAAAAGGCAGAAACCAAAAAAGAGGUAGCAGACAAAUUCAAUGCGGCUCAUUAUUCCACCGGCAUGGUGGCUGCAAGCUUCACAUCUACCGCGAUGGUGCCGGAGACAGUACAUGAGGCUGCCAUCAUCUGUGAAGACGAGGUCAAAUACGAGAGGGUCAAGAAGAAAGGAUACAUAAGACUGAUAACAAAUAUGGGACCUCUAAACUUCGAACUGUACUGUGACGUCACGCCGAAAGCUUGCGACAACUUUAUCAAACUCUGUAAUAAUGGAUACUACAAUGGUACGAAGUUUCACCGGUCUAUUAGAAACUUUAUGAUACAAGGUGGUGACCCCACGGGUUCCGGUCUGGGCGGCGAGUCAAUAUGGAAGAAGCCAUUUGAAGAUGAAAUCAGGCCUAACCUCCAUCACACGGGACGAGGCGUGCUGUCUAUGGCAAAUUCUGGACCCAAUACGAAUGGAUCUCAGUUUUUCAUAACAUUCCGGUCAUGCAGACAACUAGACGGCAAGCACACGAUAUUCGGCAAGUUGGUUGGUGGGCUGGACACUUUGAACGCUAUGGAACAGAUCGAGGUGGACAAUAAGGACCGACCCAUCCAGGAUAUUAUGAUAGACGUAGCCCAAGUGUUCGUAGACCCAUUCGCGGAGGCAGAAGAACAGCUUGCGGUGGAAAGAGCACAAGAAUUGAAACGGAAAGCUGAAGAGGAGCCUGGAGUCAAACCAAAGAAAGCGUCAAAACAACCACUCAAAGUAUUCAGGGAAGGGGUUGGAAAAUACCUCAAUUUACAAGAGACUCCUGUCACAAACAAACCGGCAAAAACACAGGAAGUCCCCGCAAAGAAGCCCAAAAAAGAUACAAAGUAUGGUUUCGGAGGUUUUGACUCAUGGUGAAUGGAAAAAUUAUAAAAUUUGUAAAUAAAUCAAUAUGUUAAGUCUGUAGGAAAUAAAUCAAUAUGUUAAGUC